AUGGUGCAACAGCUGGAAGCAAGUACGAUCGAUGGCAAGAGUUCACAUGCUCGCAUCCACAUCAACCGAGCCUGCGAGCCUUGUCGGUCGCGGAAGAUUAGAUGUAAUGGGCGCCACCCUUGCCACAAAUGUGAGCAGCACCAACGGCAGUGUCAGUAUCGGGCUGGAGGGGCGAGGAAGAAACGCGACCGUGUGCGAGAAGACACCCCGAAGGAGAUUGAACUCAAUCCAAGCUCGAUAGAAGCCGAGCAAACUGCGGGCCCGGCGGACCCGGUGCCGCCGCAGCCACAGGUAUUCAGCGAUCUGGUUCAAUUCAAGCUGCACCAGGCUUUGCGUGUCGGAAUUGGAGUCUCCAAUCAGGCCACGGGGUCUUUCCAAUUCUAUGGCCCGUCAUCACAUUUCUGCUUCAUCCAAAGGAUUUACGAACGAGUGAAGAGGAACUGCCACCCCGCUGAGUUGCCACAGAGGGACUCAACUGUUCCGGAAGCCCUGGAGAAAUGGGGCUUGGAGAAAUUCAUGUUUUCGCGCGAAUAUGUCCAUGGGGGGAACCCGCCGCUGCAGGCUGACGCCUACUUCCCCCGGGACAUGGGAGUUCUAUUCAUAGAGGCCUAUUUUCGCAUCAUGCAUCCUCAGAUGCCACUCCUGGCAUAUUCAGAGAUUAUGGAGACCUGGAACAAACUCUGGGAGCCACCCCAACCCGGCAAAGUGUUGAAAGACGCGGAUCUACUGUACAUGGUCCUUGCCAUCGGCUCUCGUGUAUCGAAUUACAAAGGCAAACAGACCGCCGAGUGGGUUGAUCUCUGGGCUGAGCAUUUCUCUAACAAGGCGAAUAAUUUUGCCCUGUAUUUUCAGGAGCCCAGCCUGAAGGGUACUCACUUCAUGCUUCUAAAGGCUAUGUACGCGCUUCAAGUGAUGAGGCCAAACGAGGCGUACCUCUAUUUCGGAUAUGCGGCUCGCAACGUACUUGCACUCGGCAUCAAUCGGUCCCAGGUGACAGAUGGAAACAAUCUGAGCAUGCAUAGACUCCGGAUCACGUUCUGGACGAUCUUUGCUAACGAGAAGAUAUCGGCCCUUUUUAUUGGUCGCCCGUCAAGCCUAUGCGAGGACCAGGUCGAUACAGCCUGUCCGGAGGACAUCUUCCCGCAGAAUGUAACUGGCAUGGACUCUGACAGUCCGGAACAUAUCAGACCGACUGUGGAGUGCGCCUGGAUUCGGGCUGCGGCCAAAAUCGGCCGCGUCGCAGAUAAAGUCUCGAUCGCCACCUACUCUCCGAACUGUAUGCGGGACAUCUCCGACGUGGAAAAGUCAGAGCAGCUCGUCAUCGAAUGCGAUGCGAGGUUGAAAUCCAUUGCACAGUCGCUCCCUCCGUACCUACACUUCUAUGAUCACAGUCUGCCCAUCGGGGAAAGCUGGCAAGAGGUUCAGCGGGUCAGUCUUGGGUUGAUCUAUUACCUGACCUGCAUGCUCAUGCAUCGACCCAGCCUGAUGUAUGCGACAUUCUUUAGUUCCACCGCCGAGGCGGAAAGCAAUGCCACGGGGCCUCUGAAGAUUAAGGACUCCAUUGAUGCCUCUAUUAACGCGGCGCGGAGCCUGAUCGAUUUAGCACACGACGUAUAUUUUCGACGGUUUCCUGAAAUCCGGUCGGAUGGCACCAUGGCCACCUUCUUGACCUCCGCUUGUAUAACUCUUCUUUACGAUGUGCUAGAUCCCCGGACCACCCAGGAACACGCUAAGGCCACGUUCGCUACCGUCGAGCGCGGCAUCCAGUGCCUGGAUGAGAUUCAGCACGUGGGACCGUUGACGGGCAAAUUAAUCAGUACCGAUAUCAUGAAGAUGGCCAAGGAUGCCUUGAUCUCUAUGGGCAAUUCCUUCGGCACCGACUCGAAUAUAUUUGACUCCUUUCCGUGGUUGCUUGACGUCCAGGACUCAUACGAUCCAAUACCGCUAGCUUCUUCUUCUUACCUACCGGCAACUACAGCGAACUCGGGCGUGUUCGUGCCAAAUGCAAAUGAAAUGGGGUUAGCCAGUAGCACACCCAGCACGAAUCUUAGGUCCUACUGGGUUGAGAAUGGGUUUGACCCGCAAAAUGUCCCUGAGAGUCUGUUUUAG